AUGGACUUGAAGAUGACAACUCCUCAUAUUGAGCAAGCUCUUGCCUCUGUCGAGGAACACACCCGAGCAACCAUUAAAACAUUGUUCCAAUUCCUGCACGCACAGGGCCAGGGUGACUAUCUCGGCGAGCAAGUAACUCAACUAGAGCACUCGCUACAGUGUGCAUAUCUUGCCACGCAGUCUACUAAACAUGGAAAUGACCCCGAGGUCAUCCUGGCUGCACUUUUGCACGAUGUCGGACGCUUCAUCCCCGCGGCCGAGAAGAUGGAGAAAAUGAUCACUCCCGAUGGCCAGUAUAUUGGACGCCAAAGCCAUGAGGCUCUGGGAGAGUUUUACCUGCGCCAGAUUGGGUUUAGUGAGAAGGUGUGCACGUUGGUCGGUGCGCAUGUAAUGGCAAAGCGCUAUUUGGUUGCGACAGAUCGAAGCUAUUAUGAUGCAUUAAGUGAGACCAGUAAGCGGACAUUGAAGUUCCAGGGUGGCGGAUACAAUACCGAGCAGGUCCGAGAGGCGCAACAGGAUCCCUUGCUUGAGGCUAAGCUUUCUGUCAGACGAUGGGAUGAUCUCGCGAAAAAGCCAGAUUUGAAGGUCCCUCUUCUGGAAGCCUAUGAGGAACUUGCCUAUAAAUGUCUUAUUGACUCCCGGUCAAAAUUUACCCUACAUUCGAAAGAAUAUAACCUGCCAACAAAGCCCACGGUCGUAAUUUGCGUCGAUGGCUUCGAUCCAGAAUACUUAAAGUCUGGCAUUGAGAGAGGCCUUCUGCCAACUUUCAAGAAACUCAUUGAAAAUAGAUUCCAUGCCACUGUCAAGAGUUGUAUGCCCUCAUUCACCAAUCCGAAUAAUGUGUCUAUCCUUACAGGCGUACCACCAUCAACACAUGGAACUGCCGGAAACUUCUUCUUGGACCGAGAGACAGGCGAGACUAAGAUGAUCACCGAUGACUCCCUGCUGCGUGGCUCAACAAUACUGGAGCAGAUGUUCCGGCGUGGUGUACGAGUGGCAGCCAUCACCGCCAAAGACAAACUGCGCAAAAUCCUUGCCCACGGCUUGAAGGGAGCUAUCUGCUUCUCUUCGGAAAAGGCAGCAGAUUGCACUCUGGAUGAGAACGGUAUUUCCGAUGUGGAAGAAUGGCUCGGUCAGCCUGCGCCUAGCCAAUAUUCGGGUGGUUUGUCUCUGUUUGUGCUUGAUACAGGCAUUAAAUUGCUCCAGGAGAAAAGAUGCGAUUUUUUGUAUUUGACCUUGUCGGAUUAUAUCCAGCACAAGUAUGAACCUGGCAGCAAUGAGGCUGACAAGUUCAUGGGAGCAAUUGACAAACGCUUGGCGAGCCUCGCAGCUCUAGCUCCUGUAAUUGGUAUAACUGGUGACCAUGGCAUGAGCCAAAAGUCGAAUGAGCUGGGAGAGCCCAACGUUCUCUUCCUGGAGGAAGUUCUGAAUUCCAAGUUUGGGCCGAAUGCCUCCAGAGUCAUCUGUCCCAUCACUGAUCCAUUUGUUCGACACCAUGGCGCUCUCGACUCCUUUGUGCGCGUUUAUCUCAAAGACAUCACGCAACUUGGGUCGGUACUUUCAUUCUGCAAGUCACUCCCAGAUGUUGAUGUUGCUCUCAGCGGCCAAGAUGCAGCCCAAAGAUAUGAGAUGCCUUUGGAUCGAGAGGGUGAUAUCGUGGUUAUUUCCAAACCACAUGCCGUCAUUGGUAGCUGCAAAGCAGAUCAUGAUCUUUUGGGGGUGAAAGACCAUCUACUGCGGUCGCAUGGAGGCCUGAGCGAGCAAGAUGUCCCAUUAAUUAUGUCAAACCCAGUAAACAAGGGGGGCAGAGCUGAGGCUUAUAUACUUCGAUAA